AUGUUCAGGAAAUCCUAUCGGAAAGCUUAAGCUUAAGAAGAUCUAAAGCAGGAACUUUAGGAAAAGAUGAUGACUAGCAAAGAAUUAGGUUUGUUUAUUAAUAAUCAAAGAAAUGUUAUCAGUUAAUUAAAAGACAAAAUAGAAUAAACUAGAAAAGAAUAAGUAUUGCUUGGAUUAGUAAGCACCGAUCCUAAUCAAGUAAGCACAGAGGAAGAGAAACUGAUUGCUGAAUAUAACAAAUAGAAGGACACAUACAAAUAAUCAUUUGAUAAAUAUGAAGUAAUUGAAGGCAGAAGUAGAGAGAAUGAGCACAUAGUUGAAGCACAGCCGAGAGAAAAUGCAACAGGACUUUGA